AUGGCUAUCGCGUAUGGGACGCCCAAGCUCGUGGCUGCAACUGGGCUUGCGGUGAUCACAGCAUUGCUGGUGCAUUUCCUAGCGCGGGGGAUCGCGGCCCGGCGCAGGUUCUACACAAUGAAGGCCAGCGGGCUUCCCAUCAUCGAGCCUUAUUCACCGUUCCUUGGCCAUCUCCCAUUGUUAAGGAGCUUGAAGGAAGGAUUGCCACAAGACGCUCAUCGCGUGUACACGUCGAUCAAGAUCGUGCAAAACUGGCAGAAAUACUUCCCUGGUGCGGAAAAAUGUCCACCAUUGAUCUAUAUGGAUGUGUGGCCUUUCAUGGCUCAGCCCAUCAUCAUGGUUAUCGACCCUGAGCUCUGCUCCCAACUUACGCAAGAAACACCGCAACAGAGACACCCUAUAUUCGGAUGGGCGCUGACCCCAGUGACGGGUGGCAUCGAUUUGAUAUCCAUGAACAUGCCUGAUCAUAAAGUAUGGCGCUCUCGGUUGAACCCGGGAUUUUCGUCUCGGAACAUCAUCCAAAACAUGCCCGCCGCCCUGGAGGAGGUUUCCAUAUAUGCGCAGAAAUUGAAAGACACUGCGGAUGCGGGAAGUCAUGAAUGGGGCAAAAUGUUUACUCUCUAUGAGGGAGCGGUUUCUCUGACAUUUGACGUUGUCUCAAGAUUUGCACUUGACCUUCAUCCCCAUGAGCAAACAGCUGGUCCUGGACCCUUGCUUAAUGCUUUGAGAAAUUUGAUUUCUCGUGUUAAAUUAAAGAAUGUCAAGACCAGGCUGGAACGGCUUACUCCGGAGUUUAAGAGCUUUGUAUCGCAAAAUGCAGCGACUAUGCGAGAUAUCCUGUUGCCGCAGAUUCGGUCGCGCUUUAGCGACACUCUCGACUCGAAGAAUCAGAAAACCGUUAUCGACCUUGCUAUCAAAGACUUCAAAAAAAGUGGGCAGCAGCCAACACCCGAGUUUAUCAACAUCCUCAUCAGCAAUCUGAAAGCGUUCUUGUUUGCUGGUCAUGACACCACUGCUCAAACUAUUUGCUGGAUAUUCUACGAAAUUAACAAAAAUCCCGACAUCCUGCAAAGGCUGCGCAAAGAGCACGAUGACGUACUAGGCCCUGACCCAAAGAUGGCAUAUCAGGUCUUGCAGCAGGGCCCACACAAAGUAAACGAACUACGCUACACGGCCGCAGUCAUCAAGGAAACGCUCCGAAUCCAUACCCUGGCUAAUACAUUCCGACAGGGCAGCCCGGACUUCAACUUCUCUCUUGACGGCAUGCUGUACCCCACCUACGAUUGUAUGAUCCAGACAGCCCCGACAAUGACUCACAUUCACCCAGAUUUCUGGCCUCACCCGACAGAAUUUAUCCCGGACCGGUUCCUGGUUCCGGAGGAUCAUGCGCUGUAUCCUGUGAAAAACGCGUGGCGGCCCUUCGAGCUGGGAAACACCAAGUGCAUUGGCCAGGAGCUAGCCAUGUUGGAAAUGAAGCUCGUGUUGGUCUUUACUCUCCGUGAGCUGGACUUUGAUUUUAACUACGAGCAGUGGGAUGUGGUGCAGAAGAGGGACGCGACAAGCGUGGCUGCGGACACUAUUAAUGGCGAGCGCGCGUACAGGUGCGGCGAGGGCAUUGGAGCUAUUAAAGACGAUUUACCGUCUUAG